UCAUUGAAGGGCGUUAGGUGGCUAAAGGUUACCAAGUUCAUGGUUGUUUGACUGUUUGGUCCUUCUAAGUCCGAUGUCAUGGAUUUACCUUUCGACUUCCAUUUAUCCAUUGAUUGUUGUUUUCUAAAAAUGGUUUUGAGAUUUAAUUGUUUUAAUAUGUCUAAGGAUAGUAGUUUUGUUUUAAGUUGUGGAAUCUUCCAUUUUUAUGGUUAAGCAUAAAGUAGGCUAGAAUUUUGUGGGGUUUUUGUAGUUUUGCUUUGUUUACCGUCCUGAAGGUAAGAUCCGUCUAUCCUCAGUUAAUUCAUGCAUCCAUGUCACAGGUUCACCACGGCCUAUAUGCUCUUGGCUUGUCCAUAAGGGGCUUUGGGUGGCUAAUGGUUACUUGGUUCUAGGGUUUUUAGUCAUUCUGGUUCAAGGUCAUGGAUCUAUUUAUUGGCUUCCAUUUAUCUAUUGAUCGUGGUUCUCCUGGGGUUGAGUUUGAUCAUUCAGAAUUGGCUUCUUUCUCUGUUCGGUUUAUCUUUGGUGAUGUAGGUUCAAUCGUUCUGCUCUGCCAACGAAUCUUGGAGGCUCGUUGAUUUCAUUUUGCGAUGAUGUUCCGACUAUUGCAGUCCUGAAAGGACUCCUUUGAGCACGUAGAAGUAAGUACCGUUUGUUAUGAACUGGACCGAUUAAACAAUGGAAGUAAUAUCCAGGAGAUAAGAACAAGUGGCUGAUGAUUCAAUUAACAACAAAAAGGAACAGUUUCUCCUAAACAGAACUCUGGAUAAUUUUCUGGAUGAUCCUUCACUCUCACUAACUCCCUAUUCAUUCACAGCCGUAACAGAUUCUAGGAUCAAAAUUCCCCAACUACCUGUUCUAGAAUAUUACUCCUACUAUUGGGCCAGUGCAUAACACGUUUCUUGAUGCUUAUGAAUAAAUUUUGCUUGAUCAAAUCACAAAAUACUGUUUCUAGGAGUUGGCGAUUGAAUGCAGGCGUGGUUUUGUUGCCAUAAAAUGAACUGAACCCAUCCAAUUUUCUAAGGAAUGUGGUUUAUCAGGUUUUUUCACUGGUUUCUUAAUUUAUGCUACUUGUUAAAUUUACCUCAAAAGAAAUAGAUUAAUGUCAUUAUGUAAGAUGUGCUUAUGGUAUUAUGUUAUGUCACAAUUCUGCAGGAUCAUAGCCAAAUGUUGAGAUAACUCUUGGGUAUUUCAACUGUAAGACAGAUGAUUGUAUUUUUAGAAAAUAUGUGUUUCACACUGAUCCUCGUGGUUAAAAAAUGCAGUGUUCUGAUGAAUCAUUUGGAUAUUAAAAGAUUUCUACUACAAUGUCAAUAUUUGAGCGAUUGGCUCUCUCCAGUUAUGUUCACAAACUAACUGAUGACUUCAACUACCAUAACCUCCCCUGGUUAUGCUUCUCCUCCACCGACUUAACCAUCUACUCCGACGUGUAACCACUUGUGAAUCAAAAGGACCAUUCUGCCUUCCCUACUUCUUGAGUUCGUAAAACAUAUAUGUGGCUUACUAUUACCUGCCCGCCAUACAUCCACCUUGUCUCCAACUCCAUAUGUUUAUUCAACUAUGUUGGAAUAAACUUGUAUGAAUGACACGACCCAAUAGCUCUCCGUAAUUGAGAAACAUGAAACACCUAAUGGAUCUUAGUUUUUGGCUUUUUGCUGCCACCACUACUCCCUCUGUGCACAAGACUUGAAAUGGUUUAUGCUUGAAAUGGUCCAUAAACCGGGCUGCUAGCUUCACUCCUUUUUCCCUCAAGGAAUUUUGUCUAUACGGUCACAAGUUAAAGAACACCAACGAUCCACUAUAAAUUGGACAUCUUUCCGAUGCUUAUCCGCUUGUUGGUUCACUCAGUUAAAGAACACCAAUGAUCUGCUUGUUGCUUUAUUUUCCGUCGUUUAAUCAAACAUUAUACUCUUGCUCAAUGUUAUUAGCAUGUAGCAUACCACUCAAAUAURUGAUGUCUUAUUGGUUUCAUUAGUUUUGUUAACUUAUACCGUUGCUAUUUCACAAUUGUUCGUGAGACUUGUAUGCUAGAUGCAGUAAGAGGCUUCAUUUAAAAGUCUAUUUUUUGGCUUGUUUGUCAUACAUGUUUGUUUACAAUCGCAUUUUCACAAUUGUCGCAUUUAAAAGUUGAAUUCUAUGCCAAGUGUUGGAAUUCUGAAAUUGAUUGAAUGGACUUCAUUUAUAUGGACAUAAUACAUCAACCACACUUUUCCUUGUCUGCCGUUUGAGAUGCGUAUCUUUUUUUCCCCUCAGCCUCUGUACAGAGAACUUUAUACAUUGAACCCUGCAACGUUUUUCGUCCACUCCUUUGUGAAGGCAUUCAGUGCCAGUGAUAAGAAUAAAGAUGAAAGUAUUAGAAGCAUAGUGUCUGAACCCACUCCAGGAGUCUAUACGUUUGAUAUGCUGCAGCCACGUUUCUGUGAAAUGCUGCUAAGCGAGAUAUUAACUAGCUCUGUAAAUGUCAUCUUGUCAUUGGGCGUGAAACACCCAACUUUUCCUGUAGUUUAGUUGUUAUGCUUUCUUAUCAGGUUCUGAUUGCUUAGGUAGAAAUUUUUUAAAAAUGGGUCCAUGAAACAAAGUUCAGAAUCAUGCGACCAAAUACAAUGAACAAGUAUGGUGCCGUUCUUGAUGACUUUUGGCAUGGAAUCCAUGCUUGAGAAGUUGAUGGAAGACUUCAUACGACAUAUCUCAAAAAUUUUCUUCCCUGACGUUGGAGGAUAUUCUCUUGAUUCCAAUCAUGGAUUUGUGGUUGAGUACGGAAUGGAUAGAGAUGUCGAAUUGGGUUUUCAUGUGGAUGACUCAGAAGUAACUUUGAAUGUAUGCUUGGGCAAGCAGUUUACUGGUGGGGAGUUAUUUUUUAGAGACGUGCGAUGUGAGAAACAUGUGAAUAGCGAAACACAUCCCGAGGUAUGUGGACAUUUUUUUUGUUGCGCUAUAUGCAUCUUUGAGUAAGGUGUUAGCUAAAACCUUACCUUUUCUUGAGAUUAUUUUUUAGAAGUGGCAUUUCUUUCAUUCCAUGUUAAUAUUUUUUUGAGGCGUGCGAAGUGAGAGACAUGUGAAUAACGAAACACAUCCUGAGGUAUGUGGACAAUUUUUUUUGUUGCACUAUAUGCAUCAUAA